UUAGUAUGUUUUUCACUUUCGACCGUUAUGGUUCUAGUCCGAUUACAUUGGGUCAAAUUACUUGGUCACUGGUACGGAAACCAUUUACACCAACUUGACAAAUACUUACUACCGGUUGUGCUGCUACUGAAGACUGUCAUUAUUUGUUAAAGAGUGUACGCCUGAAGGAAACAAAAUACGCAAUAUCAUGUCAAGUUUCAUUUUAAGGCAAAAUUCCGAUACAACUUUUGGAAAUGACUUGAAAGUCUGAUUUUGCGAACAGUGGUUACAAGUGUCAAACUCCAAAAAACAGCCAUUUCGUGCUCGUUACUUGUGAACUUGACUGGAGUGCGUAAUAACAGAUAUUGCCAUGAUGAAGUCGACUAAAAUAAUGAAGUUUGCAGUUGUAUUAUUUGCCAUUGGACUUAUUAGUUGGGUUCAAGGUGCACGACGGGUUUUGAAAGUGAGGAAGACUGGAGAGUUUGGCAGAAGGAUAGCACCGUCGCUCUCUCAACUGUACGAACCCCCGAAGCGUGUCUCAAGUUUGGACCCUUUUUUGCAGACAUCCGAGACGCGAAAUUCUGUCAGCAGUGUGAAUGGGAUAAGAAAACCGAGCCAGAAAUUGGAACUCCCAUCGUUUGACUUGGACUUGCAAUCGGAUUCGGUGCCUGCAGAAACGGGAGAGAGUUUGCAAGGCUACGCGUAUCCUGACCCUGACUCGGAGGGAGCAGCAGGAGGAUAUGAUUUCAAUCCCAUGAAAGUCAAACAUCCGGCCGUCGCUGAGUAUCCGGAACCUGAUCCAGAAGAAAGACAACGGAUUGAGGAACCUCCUGCAAAUGUCGUUCCCCAAGUGGAAGCAGAGUUCGUUCUUCCACCCAAAGCAUUUGGAGCUGAGACUGAGGAACAUAUUGACUCUGAGAGACAACAACGCCCAGAAAAUUCGUCACCAAAACCAGUUUCGACUCGUCCAUCCGCUGAACUAAGUUCUCAAUCUCAGCAAUCACAGGAUGGUCAAGCAUGUGGUGAACAUGAUCAUGAGUGUUGGCCACAUGGUUAUCAAGGAGAAAUUCCGGGAGAAGCAGGAACGGAUUAUCCCAUCUUAAGGGAAAUUGUGGAUACCCCGUUUGACUGCGAUAACGUUCAGUACUCUGGCUACUACGCGGAUGUGGACGAUGCCGCUAGAUGCCAGAUUUUCCACAUUUGUCUCAAAGGAAAUGCAUAUCGAAAGACGCAGAAAUGGAGUUUUCUUUGUCCUAAUGGCACGGUCUUCAGUCAAGAGAAUUUUGUGUGUGUUUGGUGGCACUCCGCUCCAGAAUGCAAUACUGGUCUCGUGGAUGAGCUUUCUCUGCGAAAUGCUGAACUGGGAUGGGAUAAUCUGACAGAUACCGAGUCACGUUCAGUUGGGGGAAACUUUGACGUCAAAUCUGCCAUGAAUUCGCUUCGAAAUGGAAAUCUUCAAGCAAGUGGGAGCAGUGACUCUAAGCCAAAUAUUGUUGCAGUUCCCACGACGAGAAGACCACCAUCGUCACGAAAUAAUGCAAUCCCAUACCGAGUUCCAGUGAAAGUUAAUGCAAGAACCCAGUUGAAGGAAGUUGCUGGAAAUGGGCUACAAGAUGAAGGGAAUAAAGCGAGAGGUGGGGAGGCUGAGUACACGGGAGAAGAAACCGAAGCUUAUGAAACCAGUCUGAGUCACCAAUCUGAAGCUCGAACCAGAUCAAAAACGGCAUCUGAACUCCACAAAUCCGGAUCCGAAGCAUAUGAACAAAAAUCAGUGUCUGACUCUGUGGCACCAUUCGUUGUAAACAGAACACCUGGUGAUUACUCCAGCCCCGUCACCAGUAGCCAAGACCCCCUUCAGGUUGUCCAGCAAGGAGAAUUUGCAGAUGAGGAAGGAGUGCCUCAAGUGGUUAUGAUGUCUUCCCAGCAAAAGAAUCCCGAUGGAUCGGAAGGUUAUGCUGAGGUCCCUGUAAUGGGAUACCGAUAUCCAGUCCCCACUUCUCCACCCGGCUCAUACCUUCCACCACGGAGUGAAUUUGUAGCACGAACAACCACCACGACGGAAUUGCCCAACACGACAACUUUCCUUCCAGUCACCGAGGACUAUGUGGAAGAAACUGCAGGUCAAGAAGGGUAUAAUUACCCUACGCCCGAUAAGUCGGCCGCCUUUGUGGAGCCGACUACUGAGGGUGGCUACAACUACCCGGCUCCUUCUCCAACAACCCAACAGCCUGAUGAUGGCUACAACUAUGUGGCCCCCACGACAACCAAGGAUCCUGUAGCAUUUCAGGAGACCGAAGCCAGUCAAACUCCAGAAAUCGAAGAUGGUGGCUAUGCCGCAUAUGAGCAAACUUCUACUUUUACUCCCGAUACCACUACUACGUCCACCAUUCCAACCACGACCACACCAACCAGCUCACAAAAUCUGGAAGCAACUGCGGCAGCUUAUCUCCCACCACCGACGACCACGGAGGAACGAGGAGGUUAUGACCUCGGUCCCACUCGGUCAUCAGCCUCCGCCACGAUUCUAUCCAAAGAUGCCAAUUUGCGGCAAUUACCCACCACCACAGACACAACCGUUGGGGAUGAACAAUUAGCCUCCAAAUUAUCCGUCACUACGAACCCAGAAAGCGAGGACUACACCCACGCAGGCCUCGACCUGUCCACCCUGACUGGGGAAAAUUCCGUGAGUGAAAGUGAGUCUGAACCUGGAGGCUACUCUGACAAAUCAACCAUGUCUUACACCACUCCAACGGCGUCGGGUCCAACAACUGGAGACGCUUUAGAUACCCAGGACGAAAAAGUUAACAAAAUCUUGCAAGAAAUACAAUCCGGAGGAGCCGAGGUGAGAGAUGAAAAUGGAAAAACGCUUAAUUUCGAAGAGUUGAAGAAACUCAUCCUGUCAACUCCCAACGGAUUGCUGUCACUCCAAAAAGCGGAUGAUGACUCGGUUACGCCAACAGACUCCUCGCUAUCCUCGUCCACGGAAGCUUCCACCACAACCCUGGGGCAGAGGGAAGAACAAGAUGUUCAGAAUGAAGAACAAGAGACUGAGCUGGUGGCAGCUCCCAAAGGACUCGAAGAAGUGCAAGGCAUUGAAGAUACUCCUGCCCCACCACCUUCCGCACUUUAUCUCCCAGUUCAACCAACAGCUCAGCUCCAAUCCUUACCUCAACAAAGCUAUUUUUCUAAUGAUCGACUCGUGUCUAUAAAACGCCCAGGAUUCGAAAUUUCAGCACCAUCCAAAGAAUAUGAAAGCCAUCUCGUCCAGAAAAAUACGCUUGAGCUAAACAGCAAUCCUAAUCCGUUUUCCGGAUUUACGUCAUUCCAACCAGAGACGAGACAAUCCCAUCAAAACGUUGUCAAUUACGCAACACCAACCAGAAGUCCGUUUGAUCAACAUUAUGCAACCUUGCAAAACACAAAAGCUCCUCAACUAUACUAUCAGCAAUCAGAACAACAACCACAACAACAGCAAUUCAGAGUUCAGCAAUCUCAACAAGCCCCACCUUCAGAAGUCGACUUUCUUCGAUCUUCUGACCCACAAUCCCAGCAGCAACAAUAUUAUCAAACUCAACCUCAAACCACUCAGCAACUGAAUUCUAAUGCCGAAAACUUUUACUUUCCACAACCUCAAACUCGCUCCCAAGCCUCACCACCACAGCCACAAUCCUCCCAAUUUAGAUUUCCAGAUGAACCAAGAACACAAGCACCGCACCACCAACAACAACAACAGAAGCAGCAAUAUUUUCAACCCAACCCGACCUCAGAAUACCUGCCCCCACCACCUUCAACCCCAGCUCAGUUUUACUCCCCUGCUCCCACACAAUACAGGAACGAAGUCCCCUCCACACGAGACCUUACCAACAACAUUCAGCUCCAACAAAGCUUCUCGUACCCACUUCCACAGCCUUCUUCCAUAACCAACACCAGAAAUCUGCCCAGCCCACUCGACAUCAAAAUCGUCCCUGCUCUUCUUGUGAACACGCACACACGGGUUGAGCAACCCAACAACAAUUACAAUAACAAUCAACAACGCAAAGUGGAGGGUGGCAGACAUUAUGACAACAACUUUCGUCAGUUUUCUCAACAACAGCAGCAGCAACAACAAAUACGCAAUGUCAACAACAAUGCAAACCAAUACCUUCAGUAUAGCUCCCAGUCGGAAAAUCGCCCAGUGAAAGUUCAAGCUCCAAGACUGAAUCCGUUUACCGUCGAUGAUGCUCUGCCAAAGCAUGAAAGGUUUACCAUGCAGGAGAGUCGAGCUGCAAAGCAAGUGAUGGAAUAUCCUUCACCUUCUUUGCAUGGGAGGUUAGUCCAGAGGGGGCCAACAACGACUAGGCCAACUCAACAUCCCCCCACGACGAGCAGACAGUUGACGACGUCGCCGAGCUUGAGACAUUUCGGUGGCGUUGGGGGGAGGGGCUACUUAGGACAGCUCUCGGAACAAAAUUCACUAUCCAAUUUCUAUCCUGGACGGGAUAACUCGUUAGGAGUUAAGUUGACCUACAACUAAAUCCAAUAUGCAAAUUACUAAUGGUUGUAAAUUAUUAAAUUUUUCAUUUGUUUGAGCUGUUUGGUGUGACUUGGUUGAGUCAAUAUGCACUUCAGCAUGUACUUAUUUUGUUGAUUUGUAAUUCUUCUGACUUGUAUCGACUGUAAAAACUGUGCUUGGGAUGGAUGUUCAAUGCAAGAUGGUGUAAAUAAUUUCUAGUUGAAUGUUGUGGAUCCUCAAUAAAUAGCAGCAUUAUUUUAGUAAGUUGUAGUAAGCCACUUCCGAUAAUUUGUAAUAAAGUAUGUGCGCGUGUGGUUCUUUUAGUUGUGACAGUUUGUAAGUAAGCGUGCAUCGAAUAACAUUGUGUGUAAAUUCCUGGUCAGUUAAUAUAGUUUCGCAAUUAUUAUUAUCAGUUUUAUGAUGUGCAAUUUUAGUGUGAAAAUAAAAUAUUGAAGACUUUUGGUGGAAA